GGGCGACCGAGUGACGACGGUCUCGCAGUUUCGGGGUUCGCGUCUGCGUCACGACGCAUCUCUUCUCCUGUUGGUGCGGACAGCGGCGAUUGAACAGAGACAGGAAAAACGCCGGUGGGAGUAGUAGAACCGACUUUUCUCCUCCAAUCUCAUUUCAGUCGUGUUCGUGAAAACUUCCCAAUCAAAACUACCCUUCAAAGUUUCCAUCCAUAAAAAUAAUUUAAAAAAACAUCUUCGCCCCCAGGUCCCUACUGUUUGUUUUAGAUGCAGAUAAAUAUUUUCCAGAAAUUAAUGAAUAACAUUGACGCAGAUUUAUAAGCUACAUCGAUGGAUGUUGUAUUGAAGGCCAAUUCCUCAAUUAGAUUGAAAAUAAGUGAAUAGAAAGUUGACCGAGCGGAAUUGGUUUGCAGUCGGUGUUCUAUUUGAAGAGAGGUUGUUUGCGGAGCUCUAUAGAUUCGUGUGAAGUUGUGAUUGGCGUGAUUUAAGAGAUUCGGUUUCAUUCUAGAAUUCAAUUUAGAGUUUAAUUAGUUGUUGGUGGCUAUCUGUUGAUAGAAGAAAUAAUAUAAGUGAAACGUAUAAAGUAAAAUCUAUUGUCAUAUCUCUCACCGGUCAAUUAACAUCUUAGAAUUUCAAUGAAUUGUCUUCGCUGAGUUCCCUUGAUCAGACAAAGUUAAAAAAUGACAGGUUUAAAAUAUUGUGUUGGAACUUUUCAAUAAUUGGUGUUGACGGUUGGAGUGGAAGACUUUGAGUCGAUACAGUUUCCUGAUUAAUGAUAAUCGGUCAUUCUGACAUAAUUCAAUAACGAACUGGUCUUAUUAUGAUGUAGAAUCAUUUAAAAUUGAACUAAUUCAGUUCAAAACGCCGGCGCCAACAAUUUUAUGUAGUGUCGUGGAUAAAUAUUGAUUAUCUGUGAUUCCUCAACAUUACUCUUGGAAAAAAGUAUUUCUAGUGCUUUCUAGUCAGUAUGGUGAUAGUCAACUCGUAAAUCUUGAAAUUCAAAAGAGAUGGCGGACAAGUUACAUGAGUAUCAGGGAGUUUUGGGUCGAGUGCAUGCCUGGAGGGACAAGGGCAGAACGCGAUGGCAGGAGUGGAGGGAGAACCGACCUGACAACAUUGGCGAGGUGAUCCGAGGGGUGCUCAGGCCCACCCCGCAACAUGAGUCAGAGGCCGCCAAAGAGGGCCCCGCUGAACAGGAUUAUUCGCACAUUUACAGGCGAAAAACACGUGGCGAACUGGUGCGCGUGUCAGCAGCAGUGAUGGGCAUAGAGUUCUCGUACGCGGCGGAGACAGCAUUCGUGUCGCCCACCCUGUUGCAGAUCGGCGUCGACCACCAACGCAUGACCCUGGUGUGGGCACUGUCGCCACUGGUUGGCUUCUUCCUGACGCCCGUGCUCGGCUCCAUGAGCGACCGCUGUCGCAUGCGGCUCGGUCGCAGGCGGCCGUUCAUACUGGCUCUCGCCGUAGGCGUCUUCUUAGGUCUAAUUUUGGUUCCGAAUGGCGAGCGACUCGGACACUGGAUGGGUGAUUACUACCCAUCAAUGGACGAGAGCUUGAAACAUUUGAACAAUGUGAACAGUACAAACAGCACUAGUGACAACUCAACAGUAACACCGACAGUCAAACUACUUUCGGAUGCGGACUUUCCCCAUCCGUGGGGCAUUUUCUUCACCGUUUUAGGCACUGUACUCCUCGACUUCGAUGCCGAUGCAUGUCAGAGUCCUGCCAGAGCUUACUUGUUGGAUGUCACAGUCACUGAGGAUCAUGCAAGAGGUCUUAGCACAUUCACGGUUAUGGCGGGGCUUGGAGGCUUCAUGGGAUAUGCAAUGGGAGGCAUCAAUUGGGACGCAACUGCAAUAGGUGAAUACUUGGGAGGUCAUGUAAAAGCCGUGUUCUCUCUGAUCACAGUCAUAUUUGUGAUUUGUGUGCUCAGCACAGUCACUGCAUUCAAGGAACUGCCACUGGAUCUCGUAGAAUCCGACGCACAUAAUCCAAACAUGGCAGACGAGGAAAAGAAAGGUGAGAUGAAAGAAAAACAGAGUCGAGUAGAAGAGGACCCAUUGCCGAUUGGACAUCCGACCUAUGGCUCGAUUGAUCAGUAUAAUACAACCAACAUUGAACAGGAAACAGCGUUUGGAAUGACAGAGCAUUCUCGUGGUGAGAAUAAUACCAAUGGAUAUGUGAACCACGCUUAUGAUGAAGCGCAGACCACUACCAUACCAGACAUGAUGGCUGAAGAAAAGGUAGCCCCACCAACUCUGAAAGAAUAUCUGAUGUCAAUACUCUACAUGCCAAAGUCAAUGAAGAUCCUCUGUCUGACGAAUCUGUUCUGUUGGAUGUCGCAUGUCUGCUACUCACUUUACUUCACAGAUUUUGUUGGAGAAGCUGUUUUCAAAGGUGAUCCAAAAGCACCAGAAGGCACAAAAGAGAAAAUUCUUUAUGAGGAAGGUGUUCGAUUUGGUUGCUGGGGGAUGUCCAUGUACUCAUUGUCCUGCGCCUGUUACUCCACAAUCAUCGAGAGGUUGAUCAGGCGAUAUAAGGUUAGACCAGGACCUGUGUUGUCACAACCACUGCUGCACAUGGAUUCGGCUGGUUAUAAACAGGGCAAGAGUAGUGUAUGUUGGAGGACUACUGUUCUACUCGUUUGGAAUGUUUUUGAUGGCUGUUUCUGUGCACCCGUUCGGUGUGAUCCUGUUCUCGUGGACUGCUGGUGUCAUGUACUCGACGCUCUUCACCAUGCCAUACCUUCUUAUCGCCCACUAUCAUGCUAAUAACACAUUCGAAUUAAAUCCGUCAGGCGAGUCAGUAACGAUGACGCGUUUGCGAGGCCUGGGCACGGAUGUAGCCAUUGUGAGCUCGAUGGUGUUCCUGGCCCAAUUCAUGCUGUCCAUCUGCAUGGGAAGCAUCAUCAGUGCAGUGGGCACCACCACAGCUGUGGCUGCAGUCGCCUCUUUCCUCGCCUUUUGUGGCGCCAUCACUGCCACCCAAGUCAUGUAUCUUGAUCUAUAACUCAACUAUCCACCAUAACUGUCUAAUAAAACUACUAUCCACCAA